UAAAAGGCAUACGGUUCUGAACAAGCUUACCCAGAUACGUUCAACUUUAAUAUCCGACUUUCAACGCACGUGCGCGCGAUUACACAUAUAUACAACGGCUACUCUGGAGAACAAAACUUUACUCUUUUAAAGCCACCUGAAAAUAAAAAAAAAAAGUAUCUAAUAGAUAUCCCUUCGUGUUGUAUUGUAUCUUUUAGGUAGUUGAAUAUUAUGUUUCUCUUUUGAAUUUCAUGGAUACAAAACAGUCUCUUCAUGGUUUACAUUCGAUAAAAUUCUAUCUGUACAUCCAGUAUUCUCUAAGUACUCGUUUCGGUUGAAUCAAUAAAGAUCCAUUAUAAUAUAGUCGCACAGUUGAGUGCGGUUCAACUUGAAGUACCAACUUCCUAUACAUAUAAUUUUCAAUUUUUGUGUGUUGAAGUGAAAAAAUUCAAAAAUUGGAAAAAAGUGCAAGAAAAUAUUUAAACAAAAAAGCUAAAAAUAUAGUCCUGUGAAGUUUUGUGAAAAAAGUUCUGUUUUCUUCAAGUUCACACAUCCUUUUUCCAUCACCAUAUCAACGAACUUCAUUGAUUAAACUUUAUAAUCCAUCUACAAGGUUCUACUAAAAAAGAAAAAAAGUAUUAUGGCUGAAAUAACAUCACAAUCGGGACUUCGAUCUAAAUUGGGAGAUUUGGUUGAAAAUAGCUCAUCAGCUCUCACAGAAGCAACUGAAGUUACAAAAGGUCUUAGAAAUGUUGUUGGAUGGUUAAAACAGGCUUCAAUUGAAGUAAGAGAAGCAGGCAAAAGAGCUGUUUCCAAUCUACACACCCAUCCAAAUUUUAUAUCUAACGAGCUCGAUUCGAGCCUUGUCGAAGAACAACCCCAUCAUCAUAAUCAUCGUUUAGCGUCGAACAAAAAGUGUGAAUCGAUUAUAAGUCAAUUGGAAAAAUCUAAAAUCACCAAUAUGAGAGAUUUGAAACCAUUGACAAUAUUGCAUUAUAAUGAUGUUUACAAUGUGGAUUCUAAUUCAGAUGUGGAACCUGUUGGUGGUGCAGCCAGAUUUUGUACAGCAAUAAGAUCUUUUAAGGAAUUGGAUCCUUUGAUUUUAUUUUCGGGAGAUAUAUUUUCACCGAGCAUGUUGAGUACGUUUACACAAGGUGAACAAAUGGUACCGGUUCUAAAUGCUGUGGAUACACACUGUGCAGUAUUCGGAAACCAUGAUUUUGACCAUGGCCUCGAUAUUCUCACUGAACUAAUAAAAAAGACCAAUUUCCCAUGGCUCAUGUCAAACGUAGUGGAUAAUGAAACUGGCCGACCCCUAGGAGGUGGCAAAAUCAGUCAUUUUAUAUUCCACAACCAAACCUCCAUCGGACUUAUUGGACUUGUGGAAAAAGAAUGGUUGGAAACUCUACCCACAAUCGAUCCAAAAGAGGUAACAUUUAUUGACUACGUCGAAGCUGGUAAUAAACUAGCUGAAGAGUUACGUAACGAAGGCUGUGAAAUUGUUAUUGCACUAACGCACAUGCGAACACCAAAUGAUAUAAAUUUGGCCAAACAUUGUCCUGGAAUUGAUCUAAUUUUGGGUGGCCAUGAUCAUGUUUACGAAAUUCUCGAAAUAAAUGGAAUAAAAAUUGUUAAAUCUGGAACAGAUUUUCGACAGUUUUCAAAAAUUACACUGGACAAGACAAAAGGUGAAAAUGGAAAAAUUCAAGUUGAUGUGGAACCUGUGGAUGUGACAUCGGCAUUUGAGGAGGAACCCGUAUUGAAAGCAGAAUUGGCGAAAUAUUCUGAUGUUAUUGAAUCAAAAAUGACCGAAGUAUUAGGAAACUUUUCUGUGGAACUUGAUGGUCGUUUUUCAUCAAUCCGGACAUCAGAAACAAAUCUUGGUGACUGGGUGUGUGAUGUUGUUCUAGCAGCAACUGGGGCUGAUGUAGUUGUUAUAAAUUCUGGAACAUUCCGAUCCGAUCAAAUCCAUCCACCUGGUCCAUUUACAAUGAAGGAUCUUGUAAAUAUUGUUCCUAUGAGAGAUCCAUUGAUUGUGGUUGAAAUUACAGGGAAAUGUCUGUUGGAAGCUUUAGAAAAUGCAGUCUACAUGUAUCCAAAGCUUGAAGGACGUUUUCCACAGGUAUCGGGUGUGACAUUUGCAUUUGAUCCAUCAAAACCACCGGGCAAACGAAUAGAUCCACAACUUGUUCAAAUUGCCGAUGAGUUCCUUAAAAUGGACCAAAUAUACAAAAUAUGUAUUAAGAGCUAUAUGUAUGGUGGAUGUGAUGGAUUUACUAUGUUUAAAGAUGCUAAAGUUUUGAUGGAUGAUGAUUCAUGUCCAGAACUUGGAUUAGUCCUACAAAAUCAUUUCAAAGCUAUUAAUAUGCGAACGGGAAAGACCAAAAACUCAAAACAUCGCCAAUCGUUAGUGACUUUAUCACGAAGACAUAGCAUGGUGCAAAUGUUGGAUAGUUUAGAUUUAGAUGGACCAUCACCAAUUAGAAAAUUAUCAAUUGGACAUAGUUCGAAAUCGAUUGAUCAUAGCACGACUUCUUCAAAGAUGUUAAGACGAGCAUCGUUAGAUGAUUUAGAACAAAUGAGUUGCCAGCUUGCACCCAAAAUUCAACACAGAAUUAUACAAAUUCAAAAUGAAGACCAUUAUAAUCAACUUCUACUUAAAAAGGAAACCACUAUUAAGAACUCUGUAAUCACUGAAGUCGAUGAUGAAUAGUAAAUUUUUUUUUAUUAAAAGGAAAAAUAAAACGAACUGCAAAGCAAAGCUUUGGAAAACUAUCGACUACUAUCAAAAACGGAUGCUACCGACGAAUUUAGUUGACUAAAUCAUUAAUCAUUCAAAUUAAUUUUUAACUAAAACUAACAUUAUUUUAGUAAAAAUUUAACUCAAAAAAAAAAAACAAAAA